AGUCGACUCACGAUAUCGCCCUUGGGGUCUCAAACCGCGCAAGGCCAUCACAUUUGCUUAUUCUUCUUUCUGCUGUUGUUCAAAUGACAAGAUCUCGCGUGGUGAUGUCGUAAUCAUCGACGAUCCCUACUGUUAUGGCUGGGAUAGACUUCUCAAGACCGCGGCUGGUAUUCGUCUGAAAUAAUGGGCAUUAUCAAGUCCCUGGGAGCUUUAGCAUCUUUAAGCCAACGAGCAGCUCUGCAAAAGCCAGGGUCUGGUGGUCCGGUCGUGUCAGCCAUCCCGAACAGCAGACCCAAGAUUCUGAUACCGCUAGGUGGAUCGUUGCACCAUAAGAUACUCGGCCCAGCGCCGAAUCAAGACAAACGCAGGAAACGCAGCCUGUCUCACAAGCGUCGUAGAUCCUUACGUUCACCUAAGAGGCUGCCGGGAUGGUGGACGAAUAGAGAUAAUCUCGGUUCGCUGGCGCAAUUCAAGGACUUGAUCACAAAGCCGCAAUCCGGUCGAGACACGAUCCUCGUCGCUCUUGACACUGAGUACAAAGGUCCCAUUGUCACGGAGAUUGGACUUACAACAUUGCGGGUCAGCGACAUCCAAGACUUGCAGCCCGACAAGCAUUUGGCCGCCUGGAUGCAAAAAAUGGAACACUAUCACUUUGUCCUCCGUGGUUCAACAAGUGGCAUCCGUCCUAAAACUGCACGGUUCGCCAAGAGUCAACGCAUGUCUGUGACGGAGACUUGCGCUGCUGUUUUCAAAAUCUGGCGACGACUUCUACCUCCGACAAAAAGUGAAGCCAACGUCGCUUUGAUAGGCCACAGCCUCGACGGUGACAUUGACGUACUGCGUAACGUCGAUAAUCUCGCCGAUAAUGUCCGAAUCCUUCUUCGUGAUGAUCCGCGUCUUCGCGUCACCCACCUUUUUGACACACAGCAUUUUGCCAGGGGCAGCGAGCUGAACUUCGCCUCGGUCUCCCUCGCUGACCUUGCAUCGAGUCUGGAUAUUGCCCCAGAGUACCGUGACGACAGAGGCAUGAUCGCCGGCUGGCACAAUGCCAGCAACGAUGCGGCAUAUACAAUGCUCACAGCCCUGUUCAUGGCCACAAGGAAUCCUGGCGAUGCUCUGAUCAGCCCGACCAGAUCAGCGAUGCAGCACCGAAAUCUCCCUUCUUCACCGAGCGCUUGGCGCGAGUGGAGCAGGGCAAGACAGGUACGCCGUCGGAGCGUUAAGCUCCAGAGGCGGAAAGAAAGGCAGGAAAAGCAGAAACGCCGGGAAGCUGUCAAGGCGCACCGGAAACAGCGGCUUUCUUCAACGAGUGCUUGGCUCGAGCAGAAGGCAAAGCAGAAACUCCGGAAAGCUGACGAUGUACUCCGGGAAGCUCUCCGGACACUCCGGCCACGGACACGGAAUGCAUCCAGCAAAUGGAUGCAAGGGGCCAAAUGGAUGUUGCAGGGCGGGUGCUACAUCACCUUGGUAUAUGUCUUUGCGAUUACUUCCCAAGCUGCAGUAGGCUUCUUUUGAGUUUAGAUUCGUCGGUGUGGCUAGUGCGGCGAGAAACAAAAUCAUUAUAGUCAAUGAGGUCCUGCCGCGAUCAGGCAGGUAUAACUGCAGCUGCUGUACAGCGCAGAAGGGCUCAUUGAUAGAUCCAACGCCGAGCAAGCUUGGAGACGGGGUGACCAUAAAAGAUAGAAAUAGAUUCCAAUUUAAUUGCCACAUCGGUGGUCGUGAUAGAGGACGUGAGU